UGAGAACAACCAGGAUUUGGACGAUGAUGAGGAUCAAAGUCUAUGGUUUGGGUUAUCCGUUGUGCUUGGUUUCUUUGUAGGGUUAUUGGGAUUCUUUCGCUACGAUGUGAGCAAUAUAAUUCCAGUGCAGACAUAGCGAAAAACAUCAUGCCGGAAGCUAGCCGCGUAAUACCUUAUGGGGUCCUAAUCCUGUUUUUUUUGUUGUCUACUUUCAUUUCUACAAACCAUGGUUGCAAGGAGGCAGAUCACAGCUCUCCUUUGUCAUCUUUUGAUAUGUCUUCUUCUCGUUUAAAUUGGUCUUCCAGUGAUUGUUGUCACUGGGAAGGCAUCGCUUGUGAUGCCGAUGGUGGGGUAACACAUGUUUCGUUGCCCUCUAAGCGGCUCCAAGGAAGCAUUUCUUGCUCCCUUGGAAGCCUCACGCAUCUUUCGCACGUCAAUCUCUCCCACAAUCUGCUUUCCGGUACUCUGGAAGCUGGACUCUUCUUGUCCUUCAGUCGCCUCGAAAUCCUUGAUUUGAGCGAUAACCUUCUCUCCGGAGAAUUACCCUUGUUUCUGUCAUCUAAUUACAUUCAAAUAGUAGAUUUGUCGAACAAUCAAUUCAAUGUUACAAUUCCUUCUUCAUUACUCCAGCAUGCCUGGAAUUUGAGCUGUUUGAAUGUCAGCAAUAAUCAUUUUACAGGCCAAAUACCUUCUUCUAUCUGUCUUCGUUCCUUCUCGCUUAGAGUCUUGGAUUUCUCCCACAAUAAUUUCAGUGGCCCAAUUCCUCCCGGACUAGGAAACUGUUCCAAGUUGGAGGUCUUUCGUGCUGGCGACAAUAGUCUCUCAGGAUCCCUUCCUGCUGAUAUCUACAAUGCUCAGGCACUUCAAGAAAUUUCAUUAUCUACCAAUGGGCUUGUCGGACCCAUCAGCAAGAAUGUUGGGAAGCUCUCCAUAUUAAAGCUCAUGCGCCUUCAAUACAGCAAUCUCGAAGGUCAUCUGCCCCCAUCUUUGAUGAAUUGCACAAACCUUUUUGAAAUAAAUCUGGGAUUCAACCGUUUUAGUGGGAAUACCUCUGCGCUCAAUUUCUCUAAACUUACUCAACUUAGUAAACUAGAUUGUAUAAUUAAUAAUCUCACUGGUACCUGGCCAAUAAGCCUCUACUCAUGCAAGUCCCUCAAAGCACUUCGACUAGCUGCAAAUGAUUUCGAGGGCCAAAUCCAACCUGAGAUUCUUCAAUUGAAAAACUUGACCUUCCUCUCGCUUGGUAAGAGCAGACUCACCAAUGUCACGGGGGCAAUGAAAAUACUGACGGGUUUCAAAAGUCUCAAGGUGCUCCUGUUAACUUAUAUAUUCCAGGGUGAAGCAAUGCCAGAUGGGGAUAUAACUGUCGAUUCUGGGUUACAAAAUCUGCAUGUUUUCAGUUUACUUAGCUGUCAUAUGACAGGGCACAUACCUGCAUGGAUUUCAAAGCUCAGGAAACUGGAAGUCCUGGAUUUGUCUUUUAACAGACUCACUGGCACAAUACCUGGUUGGUUGGGGACUCUUCUGCAUCUUUUCUUUUUGUUGUUGAAUGACAACUUGAUUUCGGGUGAAUUUCCAAAGGAACUUUGCAGACUACAAGCAUUAGUAUCGAAAAAGGCUGCGAAUGAAAUAGGCCAUUGUUCUCUUGAGUUGCCCGUCUACUUUCAACGCGGUAAUAAUGCAACUGUGCUGUCUUCACAGUACAAGUAUCUGCCCAACAUGCCAAGAGUAAUCUCCCUCAGGUACAACAGUUUAAGCGGCAGCAUACCCUUUGAGAUUGGCCAAUUGCAAUUUCUUCAACAACUGGAUCUAAGCAUCAACAACUUCUCCGGCAACAUUCCAAACCAAAUAGCCAACCUCACAAAAUUGGAGAGAUUAGAACUCAACAGUAACCGCCUGUCAGGCGAAAUCCCAUCAUCACUAUCAAAUCUCCAUUUCUUGUCUACAUUUACUGUUGCAUACAAUAAUCUUGAAGGACCAAUACCAACCGGCACUCAGCUCCAAGGCUUCAGUGUCUCUGCAUUCGAAGGGAAUCCGAAACUUUGCAGUGCCCCAAAAGAAAACGGUUCAGGAAUUUCGUCAAACAGAUCAUGUGCAAUCUCUUUUCAGAAAGUUUAAAAUUGCAGUAAUCUUGUGAGCAUAAGAGAGCAGAUUAAGGAAGAGACAUGUAAAUGCAGCUUCAUCGUCUACAAACACAUGCAUGCAACGUAACUGAUAUGAUCUGUAAUUAGUGAUUAGCUUAAUCACUAUUAAGGGUUUUAUUCUUGGGAUUAUUAGGCUUAUUCUGAUAUUUAAUGAAGUCUGUUAGAAAUGUCAGCUGACACUAAAGGUGUAAAGAGCUGAGCUCCUCAAUUGUAUCACAUCAGAACUUACACAAAAGAAAUAUAAACAAAAACAAUUCAAGAGCUCUGCCCUCUCUAUCCUCUAUGCUAGG